AUGAAAAGUGAUUCCUGGAAGACGCAUUGCGACGAGAUUGUCGGUCGAGUCAAACAGGCCUACGCGCAGUGUCCAAACUAUGAGGUGAUUGUGCAGAGUUUGCUUGAGGAUGGACCGGAUAACGUCCACAAACGAUGCUGCAUUAAACCUGGCAUUCCUCUCAGACCUAUGUUGGCUCAUCCCACUCACGGCGUCGUGGAGGUUCUGAAGCGAUUCGAUCAGGCCGAUUUCACCUGCGAGUAUAAGUAUGAUGGGGAGAGAGCUCAGGUACUUCUCUCGAUUUGA